GAGUAAAAUUCUCUUUAAUCACUGGUCGCCGCAACGGUAAGUUGUUGCGAAGUUACUGCAGUGCAUCACAUUACAAAUACAAACCACUCCCAAGGAAAAUGAGUACCAAGAAAGUCCUUAAUUUCGCGCCCGGACCUGCAAAAGUACCCGAAGAAGUACUUCAACAAGCUCAUUCAGAAUUCUUGAAUUAUAACAAUGAAGGCUUGAGUGUUGUUGAGCUGACACACAGGAGUCCUACAUUUGCUAAAAUAAAUGAUGAAGCUGAAGCAACUUUAAGGACUUUACUAGAUAUACCAUCGAAUUACAAAGUACUCUUUUUGCAAGGUGGAGGGACUGGUCAGUUCAGUGCAGUACCUUUAAAUCUUAUUUCCAAUUCUGAUGAUGUAGCUGAUUAUAUAGUUACUGGUGCAUGGUCCUCUAAAGCUGCAAAAGAAGCUGAAAAAUAUUGCAAAGUAAACCGAGUUUUGCCCAAAACAGAUGUAUAUACAGGUAUACCUGAUCGAUCUGAAUGGAAAUUAAGCAGUAAUGCUCGAUAUGUCUACUACUGUGCAAAUGAGACUAUUCAUGGUGUUGAAUUUGACUUUGUACCUGAAACCAAUGGUGUGCCUUUAGUGUGUGAUAUGUCAUCAAAUAUUUUGACUAGACCUAUUGAUAUAUCAAAGUUUGGUGUCAUAUUUGCUGGGGCCCAGAAAAAUGCUGGAAUAGCAGGCGUUACAUUUGUCAUAGUUCGGGAUGAUCUGAUUGGAAAUGCCUUACCAAUUUGUCCCACUGUAUUUGAUUAUAAAAUCAAUGCAGACCAUAAGUCUUUGUACAAUACACCACCAACUUUCAGUGUCUAUGUUCUGGGACUUGUUUUCAAAUGGGUGUUAGCUAAUGGUGGUGUUAGUGCUAUGGAUGCUCAUAGUAAUGAAAAAGCAAGUCUAGUAUAUGAUGUAUUGGAUUCCUCUGGAGGAUUUUAUCAGUAUGUGUUUAAAGUUCUGCUAUAA